GUGGAAACGAAAAGAACAAACGAACAGACCAAGAGACUUGGGAUUUCUGUAUUUAAACCAAUCACAAACUUAAAUUUUAUAUAACGAGGCUUGAUAUUUGAAUCCUGUGAUAUGAAACAUCUAUAAAGUAUCAAACUGUUGAAUAGUUAUGCAGAUAAAAAAAAGAUUUAUUGGCGGUGGUGAGAGAAGUGUUGUCAAGUAUUUCACAGAGAACUUUUGAACUACUAGAUCUUCAAGUUUGGUAAAUAGUAUUUGUAGUUCAUUUUAUUUCGUGUUAAAUGGUAACGGUAGGUUUUCUCAAAUUAAAACACGGCCUAUUUCAUAUUUGCCAUUCAUAUUGAUAUAUUACGAGGAUCAGGGAAACUUUCUCAGUUAUUUAUUAUUAAUAUAGACAUGGAAACAUCUGAAUCAGGGAUGCUUGCAACUUCAAAAAAUGAAAAAACGACAAAAACAUAUUUUUUCAAAGAAGCUUUCUCAAAUGAGUACAGUGCAUUUGUCAAGUACUAUUAUGCUAUCAGAGAAAAUGGAUACAUACAGAAAAUAUUUAAAGAUUUAGAAAAUAUGGGUGAUUGUUGUGAUUUAUAUAAGCUACCAAACAAACUUGAUUUUGACAGUCUCAAUUCGUAUUUUGAGCCAUUGAGCCCCGUUAAAUCCAAUAAGGAAGUUUUAUGUGCUAGCAGAUUGUUGAAAUUAGAGACGACACCUCAAAAAGGAAGACACCUCGUAGCAAGAAAGGCGAUUCCUCGAAAUAAAAUUUUGAUAAAUGAACAACCCUCAGUGAUCCAAGUUAAUCCUGUAUGUUCCUGCGUUGGAGAUUCCAAAUCAAUAUACAGAUGCCACAACUGCGGGGUUGGAAUGAAACAGUUUUAUAUAUGUGAUGGUUGCAAUGUUUGUAUAUUUUGUUCAAGAGCAUGUUUGAUAAAAGCAAACAAAGAGUUUCAUAUUUAUGAAUGUUAUGGAUUUCAAAGACACUUUUGGUCCUUGGAUGAUACUGAUUACAGCUACUUAUCAUUGAGAAUAAUGUUGUAUGGUGCAAGUUGGAAUUUUCGUUUCAAAGGAGGGGAUAGUACCGUAUAUGGAAACAAAGAUAAUAAUUAUCCUUUCAUAAACAAACUGAAAACAAAUUUUGUAGAAAUGUCUUUCGAACACAUUAAUAAAAUAUUAUAUAGUUCUGCAAGAAAUUUAGUGUAUCUCAUAACGAAGACUAGUUUCUUCCAUCCAUUCAAAAAUCGUUCAGAUUUACAAGAACUUCAUUUAUACAUUGGCGGAUUAAUGGUGAAACACUAUUGCCAAGCUCAAAUGAAUAAUAUCAUCCUGAAAUAUCCUAAUUAUAAUUUGGAUUUCGGAACAGUAAGUGGAUCAGCAAAAGCAAUUUGUCCAACCAUUUCUUUGCUGAAUCAUUCAUGUGCUCCAAAUGCUGUUGUAAUAGUAUAUACAGAUUAUAUAGUAGUGAAAAGUAUGAGACACAUUAAAUCUGGAGAAGAAAUUACAAUUUGCUACUCUGAAAUAGAUGCUCUACUGCCAUAUACAGAAAGGAAUUUGAUAACUAGAGAAAUACUAUUUUUUACUUGUGAUUGUAAAAAUUGUUUAUUCGAAAAAAAGACUGGGGAGGCACCAUUUAAAUGUCCUAGUUGUAACACUGGCUAUGCUACAUAUCUUGAAGAGAAAAAUGGUGAACACGUUGGAUAUUGUUUUGAUUGCGAUUGUACCCUGAAUUUGAACUACUUAUCUGAACAUUUCAAGACUGUUGAUGUUUGUAAAAAUGCUUAUAAGAAAUCAAAAUCUAUGACACCUAUUUUUAAAAUUGCUGAGAUAUAUGGUGCCAUAUUUCCAAACACAUCUCCGUACCUAUUAGAAAUAUAUAGAUUGUUAUAUGACCACUAUUAUUCACUGGGAGAUCAACCAUUGGAAGUGCUUAAAUACGGUAUUCUAUUGUUCAAUAUUGCAGAACAAGUAGUAUCAAGAUUAUAUUUACGGUUGCUUAUAUCGAAAGUAAAAUUCAUAAUGUACUUCACUGAAACAAAGUACUUUUCGAAGAUACGAUCAGUUUCCGAGGAAGAACUUCAGACCAUGGAGAUAUUCGUACACGAAGUCAUAAAAACGAAAGGCGACCUCGAGUUUUACUUACCACAAGAGAAAAUGUGCUUUUAUAAAGACGUUCAGUUGAAAAUUAGUCAAUGGUUCAGCAAUAUGAGAGUUGUCAAUAAGAAAAAAUAGGCUCGCUCUUAGUUUGAUUUUGUUUUAUCCGGAGUUUUAAAGACUUUUUUUUGUUUCUUUCAUUUUAUCUUUGUGAAUGUCACAUUAUCGGAAAUACUUUUCAGUUAUGUUUUAAAUAUUUAUAUUCGUAGUAUUUUUUAUUUCUUUGUAUUUUAUCGUAUUGGACAUCAGAAAUCAAUGAAAAUACUCAUCUGUUAUCUUGAAUGAUUUCAAAUAUAUCGAUGGCUGUGUUAUAAUAGGUAAUGUUUUGAUGUAUGACGAAAAUAUUUAUCAGUAUUUGAAUAUGUUCCUUGUUUUGUAGAGUAUAAUUGUUUCUACUCAUAAUAAAUUCUACUUUUCUAUCAA